AUGUAUGCUCCUGAAGUGGAUCCAGAUGUUUUUCAGCAGGUACUCGAAGUGAUGCAUCCCUUCCGACUGUCUAUGGAGGACUACAUGGACAUCAAGAAUGCACUACUAGCCGCAUUGCGUUCGGGUCUUAAACUGAGGCGUCGAGACAAGUCGUCCGUAAAGAUGUAUCCUUCAUAUGUUACAAAAAUGCCAACUGGUGAAGGCCACGCAGAAUGUGGCCAAUACUUAGCAUUGGACCUCGGCGGCACAAAUUUCCGAGUGUGCUUGGUUACACUGACUCAUGCUAUUCCGGUUGAUAAAAUGCGAGGGACUGGCGCCGAACUUUUUGACUAUUUGGCAGCAAACAUCCACGAAUUUCUUCGCCUCCGUGGCCUUCUCGAUAAAGAAUUUAAACUUGGAUUUACGUACUCAUUUCCAUGUGAACAGGCCGGACUGAACACCUCCUUUCAUGUCCGGUGGACAAAGGGAUUUUCGGCCAGUGGUGUUGUCGGGCGCAAUGUUGCCGACCUCUUACAAAACUCAAUCGACAAAACAGCAAGUGCAGAUUUCCCGAUUUCCUUAAUUCUGGGUGCAAACGUCAAAUGUGUCGCUGUUGUGAACGACACUGUUGGCACCUUAGCGGCCUGCUCAUUGGAGGACAAAAGAUGCGCUGUUGGUCUCAUUGUGGGCACCGGUUCGAAUGCCGCCUAUCUGGAGGAUAUAGACAAAGUUGAGCUGAUCACAGCACGCAGACUUAGUGGUGAAUUGACUGAAGAGGUUGCUGAUGCCACCAGUGUUGUUAUCAAUAUGGAAUGGGGUGCCUUUGGUGAUUAUGGUGAGUUGGACUACUAUCGAACUGAAUUUGAUGAGAUUCUGGACAAAGAGAGCAUCGUGCCAGGAAAGCAGAAGUUCGAGAAGAUGUGUUCGGGAAUGUACCUUGGUGAAAUUGUACGUCUUAUUUUGCUGGAUCUCAUCGAAAAGGGGCUUCUCUUCCAGGGCCAAGUUCCUGAGCGUCUGCGAAGUAAGGACAACUUUCAUACCAAAUAUAUCACUGAAACUGAAAGAGAUCCACCACAUCUUCUCUAUAGCACUUUAUACAUGUUGACAGAGGACCUCUUAGUUCCUACAGUCACGCCUCAGGACAGUCGAAUAGUGCGUUAUGUCUGCGAGGUGGUUGCCAGCCGUGCAGCCCAUCUCACUGGCGCUGGCAUUGCCGCAGUGCUGGAGCACAUCAAACGUCCCGAAGUCUCCAUCGGCAUCGAUGGCUCGCUCUACAAAUUACAUCCGCGUUUCCGUGAGCGUAUGACUGACAUUCUCGAUAAGCUUCUCCCUCCCACGAUUCACUUCCGUCUUCGUUUGUCAGAAGAUGGAAGUGGAAAGGGAGCGGCAGCUAUUGCAGCAGUUUUCGCGGGCUAG